AUGUUGCGGUCACGUAUCCCAUGUGUUGUUGUAACGUUGGUUCAGUGCCGAGCAAUGCAUGGGAAACCUACGCAAUCCCAUAAAGUUCGCACGCAACACAGCCGCCGCUGGUGGACGCAGUCGAAGGCGCGGCACCUCACAGCAAUGCCUCAUGAUGAAUGUAAGUCACGGCCGCACUUUCCCGCUUAUAAUGAAGAUGUGGACCGCCCCAUGGUUGUGCCACCUGAUGCAAUCUGUUUUAACUGUGACAAACCCAUUGACGCGGGAGAUGUCAAUAGCUACGUGUGGAUACCUGCUGGUAACGCAACAGUGCCUACGCCGCAGGGGUACUUUUUUCACUUCGGUUGUUUCAAGUGCAACCGAUGUAAAUACAGGCUCGGACACAACAAGUUCUACUCAAAAGAUGGCAAAGCAUGGUGCAUCCCAUGCGCCCUCGGGAGGGACGUGCGGGUUCCCACGCGUCGUUGGCACACAUCAUACGUUAACACGCACCGUACGGGAUCUCGCCUAACGGGACACUUUUUUCCACGGCACAGUCAUCAAAUGGAGUUUUUGUUCGACCCAAACAGUUAG